GCCCCCGACGCCGUGCGUCCGUGUCACGUGACCGCCCGUGCCGCGGCUCCGUGCGACCGGCCGGAAGGAGGUCCCCGUGGGCCGGGCCUCCCGGCAGGAUGAGGUUCCGGUUCUGUGGAGACCUCGACUGCCCGGACUGGGUCCUAGCGGAGAUCAGCACGCUGGCCAAGAUUUCCUCCGUGAAGCUGCGUCUGCUGUGCGGCCAGGUGCUGAAGGAGCUCCUGGGGCAGGGCAUCGAUUAUGAGAAGAUCCUGAAGCUCACAGCGGACGCCAAGUUCGAGUCGGGCGACGUGAAGGCCACGGUGGCCGUGCUCAGCUUCAUCCUGUCCAGUGCGGCCAAGCACGGGGUGGACGGCGAGUCGCUGUCCAACGAGCUUCAGCAGCUGGGGCUGCCCCGAGAGCACGCCGCCAGCCUGUGCCGCUGUUACGAGGAGACGCAGCGCCCCCUGCAGGAGCACCUGCGGGGCUGCAGCCUGCGCGUGAGCAGGCUGGAGGCCGUGGGCUGGCGCGUGGACUACACCCUGAGCUCCAGCCUGCUGCGCUCCGUGCACGAGCCGCUGGUGCACCUGCGGCUGGAGGUGGCGCCCGCCCCCGGGGGCCCCGCGCAGCCCCUGCUCAUGACGCUCUCUGCAGACAAGUUCCAGGUUCUCCUGGCAGAACUGAAGCAAGUCCAGGCCCUGAUGAGCAACUUGGGCUGAGCGGGCUGCGGGCUGGCCCCGGCUCUCCGCCCUCCCCGAGGGGCUCCGGCUGGCUGCCUUUCCCCUGGGAACUUGAGGAGAGGAACUCGGGGGGGGGGGGCCCAGCAUUGCCCCCUCCCUUGAACAGGCACUGGUCACCCCUUCUCCCCGGCAGCAAGAAUAAAUGAGUAUAAAGGGG